AUGAGCAAACCUAAUGGCUGCUGUGUGCUCACGGCGCGCGCCUGUCUGCGUGUCUUUCCCUCGCUGCGUGCUCGUCGCCUGCAGAUCGAUGGACAUGAGGGCGGCCCACCCUAUGCCGUCUCCAAUGACAGGUGUGCCCCUCCUGUCCCCGUGUCCUCCCUCGCCCCUCUCCCACCUCUCUUCCCUGUCCACCCUUUCCCUACUCUCUCCCUUUCCCCAUUGUUCUACCUGUCCCUCGCUGUAAUUGCCAUUUCUUUCUCCUCUUCCCUUCCUGCCCCUCCCGUCCAUGCCCUCCCCAUCCUGGGCCUCCGCACUUGUGUUCCCCACCUCCCUACGCGCCUCGCUCCCCUUGCUGCUCCCCCGCCUCCCCCACCCGCCACCACCACCAACUCCUCAUGCCGCCACUGCCCACCUCCCUCCGCGCCUCCCUCCUCUCUCUGCUCCCUCUCCUGA